AUGGCGACGAGAGUGUAUAUUGGCCGUCUUGCUAGAGACGCCCGUGAACGAGACGUCGAAAAACUUUUUCGUAAUUACGGCACCAUCAGAGAAAUAAAACUGAUGAAUGGUUUUGGCUUCGUUGAAUUUAGAGACCACCGCGAUGCUGAUGAUGUCGUCUAUACCUUUAACGGCAAAAGCUUUAUGGGAGAGAACCGUUUCGCACCUCCUCAACGAAAUCCUCAAUACCGUUUGAUUGUGGAGAAUUUGUCAUCAAGUUGUAGCUGGCAGAUUGAUAUUGUAUUGGCUUUGGUUGUAGCUCUCCUUUUCCUAUGGUUGCUUGAUGUGGCCUUUGGAUUCUGUCUACCAUUUCGUUUAAUGGCUACUCUUUUGAAAAUCUGUUUGGAUUAUAUAUUUCUAUACAUUCCUCAAAAGUCUCAAAUGGUACCAAAGCUUUUCGAAAAAACUACAUGGGAAAAAAGGACAGAAAACAAAGGGAGUAAAUCUGGAAACCGACCACCAUUGACUUCCAUGAUUUGCUAUACCCAUCGAACUCAUCUUUCGGCUUUAGAAAUGAGCUAG